CCGCCCUUUCCCCUUCCCCCAAGAGAACACUUUUCUGUCUUUCAAAGCCUGUCACUCUCUCAUCUCAAGAUACCACUCCCUUGACAUUUCUUCUUCCCCUUUUUCUUUUUUCUUCGAGCAAAUUUCUUUCACAAGAGACAAGAAAAUUGAAACCAAACAGAAACAAUUGAUGAUUCGUGAAAUGUAUUCUCAAAUAGUAAUGAUACUUCCAAGUAUAUUUCACACAAGCUAGAUCUUCCAAAAACAAUUUCAGAUCUGCUAUCAACAAGCUCACUAAUGAAGCCCUAGCCGAAAAAAACGUCCUUCUCAAAGCUAUGGUUCUAAAUCUCCAUGGUUUUAGAACUCCUUCUCUUGAUUCUCUCGCUGGGGAAGAGCGUGAUGAUGUGUUCUUCAACAACAUAUUUAUGUUUCUUGAUUUUGUUUCAGUUUUUUAAUGUUGGAUUUUUCUAAAACCUCUUAUCUAAAAUAUAUUUCAUCAAAAAUAUAACUGAUUGAGUUUUGAUUUUGUUACUGUCGGUUGUAAUUCGCAGGUUCGGAUUUAGUUUAUGUUACUUUGGUGAUUGAUAGUGUGUGAAAUGAUUUAAAGUUUAAACAGGGUUUUGAAAAAUCAGCAAGCAAGCCUUUUGUGUUCACCUGAGAGUUGGUUCUUAUGCUUGUGCUGAAUGGAACUUUGGAGGUUUCCCUGUUUGGCUCAAGUACAUUACAGGUAUCAGUUUCAGAACUGACAAUGAACCAUUUAAGUUUCAAAUGCAAAGAUUUACUACUAAGAUUGUGAAUAUAAUGAAAGCUGAAAGGUUGUAUGAAACACAGGGUGGUACGAUAAUUCUAUCUCAGAUUGAAAAUGAAUAUGGACCGAUGGAGUACGAACUCGGUGCUCUUGGUAAAGCCUCUACCCAGUGGGCUGCACAAAUGGCUGUAGGAGAUGAAGCGAAGAAUAUGAUGAAAAAGGAUUUGAUAUGUUCUGUUGAGUCUGAUUUUUUCUGUAAAUGUGAUAUAUGUCUUACCAUAACAAAGGUACUUUUUGUUGUGGAUGGAUGGAUUGUAACUAAACCAGAAGAAGCUCUAUCAAGGUGGGACAAUUUCAUCAAGCAUAGAAAUCAGGUGAAGUGGAAGGAACUUAACUUAGUGAGGGAUAAGAUAAAAACACUGCAGCAUGUAAUUUUGUGGAGGGCUGCUUGUGGAGAGCAAGCAUUCUCAACACAGUAAUUAAUGAAAAGAGCAGUACAACAUGUUUUAGAGCAACUAUAAUGUCUGAUGCUUCGAGGAAAAGCGGUGAAAAUUCUAACUUGUGGAGACUUUGCAUUGUGAUAAAGGUUGAGGAAAUGAAUACUUUGAUAAACAUGUUGAUGUAUUGAUUAAUGGAUAAAGCUUGAGAUAUCAGGCAAGUAUAAAAAACUCCUCUUUCGUAGAACUUAACAGAACGAAAUACCACUAUUGUCUAAUUUUCUGUAUCAUUAUACUAACCAUCUUAAUGAACACCUUUACAUUUCAGAUCAUUCUACUUUAAAGUGACGGUCUUGAGCGCCUAUUCCUAUGGAAAACCAAGGACGAUUUACGCAAAGAUGCCCACAUGAUGGAGUUCAUGAACGUUUUUAACCGACUGCUAUCCAAAUGUCUUAAAAGCUACAGAAGAAAGCUAAAUAUUCACACUUUUGCUAUGAUUCCUCUGACAGAUUUACACUUUUGGAUUCAUUAGCAUUGUGGGAGGUUUUAUUUAUAAUUACACCAAGAAAAAAUAAUAUGUUUUUUUUCUCUUAA